AUGCGCAGCGACAGCGACGACAACACCGUCGGACGCUGGUGCUCGAUGCUCGCGUGCGUCGGCGUCGGCGCGGCCUUAGUACUGGUCGUGCACGCCGUCCCGGUGGGCACGCUCCAGGCGUUCUGGAUCGCGGCGCAGCUCGUCCAAGCUGGGGUGAUCACGCUCUGGGCGGCAUAUGUGUUCCUCCGCCCCGACCGCCGCCUGAUGGCGCUUUACGCGCCGCUCCGCGCCGCCACGCCACCACCACCACCACCACCACGUCCACCACUCGCAAACUUCAUCGCGGUCCGGCGGCGCGACUACCGGCUUGCGCAGGCGCGCGGGCUCAUGUUCUUCUGGGCGGCGCACACGGUGAUCGUCGCCGCGCUGCACAUGCUCACGGGGCUGGUGCUUCUGCCCGCGUACAUCUCCGCCAUGCUCCUCAUCACGAUGGUGCUCUCCCCUUCCUCGCCAGUAACCUCGCGCCACGGCCCAUCGGCCGCCAUGCUCCUCGCGCGCGUGGCGGGCUGCACGGCGUCGUUUGCGCCGCGCGCGGCCUUUGGCGACGGCGACCCGCUGCCCGAGGACGAAAUGGUCCGUCUUGUCAUUGCGCACGCGCAGGCCGAGCUCGCAUACGAGGACGAGGACAAGGACAAGGACGACAUUACAAGCAACAACCCUGCUGCUGCGCAGCUGUCCGCGGCACUCGCGACCCUAAUAACGGCAGCCGCCUCACGCGACCACAAGGACCAGCUUAACCGUCCGGUGGAGGACGUCUUUGCUGCGCUCGACCGCUUGGCGCCGGCUCUGGCGGCUCCUGAGCCGCGCGCUGGUGCCAAGUGUCCCUUGGCGCUACUGCGGCGAGGUCGUGCCGGCGACGUUCAUGACCUGGAGAAGGGGAAGGCCGGGCAAGGCACAUAG